AUGUGGAGAAUUGACGGCUGUCAGACCUUGGCCAAGAUCGAGCAGGCUGCGCAGGAGGCGGAGCACAUUGCCAAGCUCGCUGGCGAAGAAGAAGCCGAGGCAGCCAGGAGAAUAGCGGAGGUGGAGGAGGAGCUGGCUGCCGCAGAGGCUGCUGCAGCUGCAGCGGAAGAGUCCUCGGAGGAAGAUCCUGAGAUGGUGGCAAAAGCAGAACGGCUUCGGGAGCAGCUUACCGAAGCUUAUGAAUACUCUGCGAACGUUGCCUUGAAAGCAGCUGAGAAGGCCGAGGCAACAGUCAGCAAAGCAGCGAAGAAGCGAAAAAGGUCAUCCUCCUCCUCGUCCGAGGACAGUUCUGAUGGCUGA